UGGUAACAGUGCGCGUGCUCAAAUCUAUCGUGAUGACAAUUUUAAGUGGUGACAGCCGCGUAUAUGCCUCGUUGCCCUCGUAGCAGCGUUUUAACCGACUUUGCUAACACGAAACAUAAUUUUUUGACUCGGUGCGUGAUUCAUUCCGCGGACAACAUAUGGAAUAUUAAUCUUACCAAAGGGGUCAAGAGAAGCAGGCAGCCGGGCAAUUAGGAUUAUCACGUUAUGGACCGCAGGUGAUGAGCGUGUUGUGUUUAUGCACCACUGUACACCAGACCGCUCAAACCAACAGUCAGGCCAGCAAGAUACUUCCGAGCUCGCCGCCGAUUCAAUCCGAGGAAGAGAGGAUAAACUCGUCGCAGGAAAUACCCACCGACGAGCUGGCUCUAUUAGCUAAGCUGGAGGAAGCCAAUAGGCUUAUUGAAUCGGAUGCAAAGUCGUUGAACUCGCUUCAUAGUAAUCACAGUAGGAAAGGUUCUGACACAUCUCAGGUGUCGGUGGCGUCGGGGGGUAGCGGAGGGAAUGGCGAUGCUGCACCCCGACGCCACAAUUCAGCCGAUGGUGAAGAGAAUACUUGGACCCUGUGGGGUCACAUCGUCGCUGAUUGGGAUUAUCAUUGGAAGAAGAGGAAAGAAUUCGUCAAAGAAUUAGUACGUCAAGGAAUACCUCAUCACUUUAGAGGUAUUGUUUGGCAGCUACUAAGUGGUGCUCACGACUCUCCUGUGAAAAAGCAAUUCGCUGAGUAUAUCAAAGCCACGUCCGCGUGCGAAAGGAUAAUUAGGAGGGACAUAGCCAGAACCUAUCCUGAGCAUGAUUUCUUUAAGGAAAAAGACGGACUUGGCCAGGAGAGUCUGUUUAACGUUAUGAAAGCGUAUAGUCUUCAUGAUCGUGAAGUGGGAUACUGUCAAGGUUCGGGAUUUAUUGUAGGAUUACUCCUUAUGCAGCAAAUGCCGGAGGAGGAAGCUUUCGCUGUACUGGUAGCGCUUAUGCAAGAGUAUCGUUUGCGAGACAUGUUCAAGCCGAGUAUGGCUGAAUUAGGGGUGUGCAUGUAUCAGCUAGAACAUUUAGUUGCUGACACGCAUCCCGAAUUACACGCUCAUUUCACGGCACAAGGUUUUCACACGUCGAUGUACGCAUCGUCUUGGUUUCUUACGCUUUUUACCACGGCGCUCAGCCUGCCGCUGGCCUGCCGCAUUUUUGACGUGUUUCUGUCUGAAGGCAUGGAGAUUAUUUUCAAGGUUGCGUUGGCCAUGUUGCAUUUAGGCAAGGAAGAUUUGUUAAGCUUGGACAUGGAAGGCAUGUUGAAGUUCUUCCAGAAACAACUACCUGGAAGAGCCGAGAAAGACCCUGAUGUCCUCAUGAAUCUUGCUUAUGGUAUGAAAAUAAAUCCGAAAAGAAUGAAGAAGUUGGAGAAAGAUUAUACCGUAUUAAAAAUGAAAGAACAGGAGGAGAUGGUUGAGCUUCGUAGGCUCAGAGCGGAGAAUAGGUUACUUAGGCAAAGAACUGAACUUCUUGAAGCUGAAUCCGCGGAACUGGCGGAUAGAUUGGUCAGGGGUCAAGUUUCUCGCGCAGAAGAGGAGGAAACUGCUUUCGUUGUACAAAGGGAAUUAGCAGCCCUUCGGCAUACGCAUCUCGAGACCAGUCAUCAACUCGAGCAGGCUCAUGAGGAGUUGAGAUCUUUGUCGCUUCUGUUAGAGGAGAACGUGACGUCGAAGCAAUCUUCCUUAGAAGAAAUUCUAUCGAAACAAGAGGCGUUGUCGCAGAAGGAGGAAAUGAUACAGUGCUUGCAAGAGGAAUUGGUAAGGGUUCGGUUGCACGAGGCAGAAAAUGAUGCAACGAUAAGGGAACUCAGAGCGAGAAUACAGGAAUUGGAGCAAGAUAAAAAGACCUUACGUGAAUCGACGCCAGAUAAUUCUGUUGCUCAUUUGCAAGAAGAAUUGAUCGCUGUGAAGCUUAGAGAAGCUGAGGCUAAUCUUUCCUUAAAGGAUCUUCGGCAGAGAGUGAUGGAGUUAAGUUCUGCCUGGCAGAGGCAUUUGCAAGAGCACCGUUCAGCCCAGAAUCAACCUGCUAGCGAUUCUACGCCAAAGAAGCUAUUGUUCUGGGAGAACAGGGGCCAUGAGGUGCAAAAAUUCGAGGAAGACUUAAUGACAACCAGAAUUCGAGAAAUGGAAGCUUUGACGGAAGUAAAAGAGCUUAGAUUGAAAGUUAUGGAACUUGAAACUCAAGUACAGGUAGCCACGAAUCAACUCCGUCGGCAGGACGAAGGAGGGAAAUUGCUUAAAGAUGAAUUAGAAGCUGCUUUAACUAGAGAAAAAGAACUUACUGCCAAAUUAAGGGAGCAACAACACAAGUAUUCUGACCUGGAGUCAAAGAUGAAGGACGAAGCUAUGAUGGCUAGGAUACGCGAUGCGGAACACGCGCAGCAAGUGGCUGAACUCACCCAGAAAAUAUCUCUUCUUGAAUUAAAAAAUGAAGAGAUGCACGCGGAAGGUGAACUUAGAAACAAUUUAGACGACAGUGAGAGAGUAAGAGAAUUGCAAGAUAAAGUUGCAGAAUUAAAAGCUGAGGUCAUGAGAUUAGAAAGUUGGAAACAACAUUGGACAGGUAACGGUGGCCAAAAUGUGAGAAGCUUUAGUGUCGAUACUGAAAGCGAGCUGGACGAACGGGAUCUCCGAAUUUGUUUACAGGAUCAUAUCAAUGCGACUACGCAGAAUUCACCAGAGAUUAUUGAAUGCGAAAGUGAAACCGAACAAGAUAAUCGGCAGUACUUGUAAAACUUAAUAGACCGGAUAGCUCGUUCCUUAAUAGUGACUUCCUAGGGACGUGAUAAUUACAUACUUCCAACGUAAGUAGUUGCGCCGAUCCAAUCAUCAUUGCUUUCUUCUCGAUUUCGUUCCUUUUUUUUUAUUUUCGUUUUUUCAGAGCUUACUCGAACCCUUAACGAUCCAUCCCCUAAAAUGUGCUUUGAGAAUUCCAAAUACAUAGCCAGGAUGUGUAUUUACUUUUGAGAUAAAAGGGAACAGCUGGUUGAUAAAAAAGGAUGCGUUCUUGUUUACUUUCGUUCGACCAGCGCAAUUAACGUGUUAUCAGCGGGUCAAAGAAUUUGUCUUUUGUAUGCAAACAAUUGCAGCUUUGCUAACGUAAUCUCUUUUUAACGGGUAUACGAUAAAAUCCAACUGUACAGUUCAGUCUUGUUAUAUAGCCCUCGAGGUUGUAGAAGCUGGAAAGGGUCGUGUGAAAGGCUUAGGAAAAUCCGUAAAUUUAAAAAAAUCGCUCAAAAGGUAGUAUAACAAGACUGUAUUGUACCCAAAUAAGCGAUCUCUCUAGAGAAAAUAGAUAAUUAGAGAUUUUGCGCUGCAAGUAGAUAAAUUAUAUGUUGCUACGUUAGAUAACUUUUUUUUAAUGUGAAUUUUAAGCCACGCUCAAGCAGCCUUUUUGUAUUAAAAAAAGGUUCUCUUCGAUAAGUACUUAGAAGUUUGCACAUAAUGUAUAGUUUGAAAGGCUCAUAUUGUUCAUUAGAAGAUAGCAAAUGAGAUUCUGAAGAAGCAAUAUCUAAUUACUUAAACAUUUGUAAAUGUGCGUUUAACGUACACUGCAAUUAAAUGCUAUCGCGGGAGUAUUAAUUUUAAAUGUAUUUUAGGUGUACAAUUUUAUUUGUAGAUAAUAAUUAUAUAUGAAAUUUAGUGAAAUGUAUCUUAUACGAUUGUGCGUUUUAUGAUAUCAAUUUACAUGCGAGUAGCGAUAAUUAAUUUAACGUUGGAACGUUAAGGGUUAAAUCGCGUAACACAGUUUUGUCGCUUUGGCCUAAAUUAUAUCGAUUUUUCUUUCUUUAUUUUAUUGUACACAAUUGGCUAAACCGAGGAGAACUCGUUUUCGCACUAAACACCAAAUUGUAAUGGUGGAACAAAAAUUAUCCGCUUUCGUGCACGUUUGAUCGAGAAAACAGCAUGAACACUUUUGCAAAAUUGUAGAAUCGGUUCAGAUCACCAGAUCAUUUUUGUAUGCUGUACAAGAAGUUUAGGCGAUUAGAUUUUCACAUUCCCAACACGAAUGAUCUUCGUUGUAACGAUUGUUUCCAUUUUAAUGUAAAAGUCUGACUUCAACUUGCUUUCUGAAUGAAACAUUAUUUUUGCGCCGAUUGUCGAUUUUCUUCGCCCAGACAUUGGAUUGCUGCGUUCCUUAAAUACAAUUAAUGUAUUGUACUUAAUAUUUAAGAAAUUCUGUUGAUCAAAAUAUUUGUUUUCAAGCAUGUGAUAAAAUUAGAAUAUUGGAUUCAUUGGCGUAGCUAGGUAGGGACCAGGGUGCAUUUGCCCUCCAAAAUGUAGACUGAUCUCUUAUCAGAAUUUAUUGGAAUAAGUACAGUACUGAGUAUGGUAAGCUUUCUUAUUCAAAUCAGCUUUAUAUAAAAAAUUUCCCAUGUCCGUCAAUUUUUGUUUCAUUGGUGGUGUCUUCUUUUCUUGUAUAAUGACUUUACCAUACACAGUACUGUAUCUGAAGUAUAGGGUAUUUGGUUCACCCUAAACGAAAGUCCUAGUUACGCUACUGGUUAAACGCUAAACGGUUGAACUAGAGAUAUACGCUAAAUAUACCACGCAUUAAAAUCUCCAGUUUGAAAUGCAUAGCAUUUGCUAUAGUAUAUAUACUCUUUCAUUUUCUAUACAUUUUUUAAAAUUGUAACACAAAAUGUGAGUAGGAUUUACUACGAGAAUCAUGUAAACGAUCUAGUAGCAAUUCAAUGUUGUUUAGCGAAUUAGUCGACGAGAGAAUCAGUAAAUGCUUUUACACGUUUUCACGAGAAUAAAAGAAAUAAAAAUUUGAAAACGUCGUUGCGUAGCAAAAUGAUUGAAAUUUGCGUAAUAUAGAGGCGCGCUAAUACAACGCUUACUGGCACAAGCUCAAUAUUUACCAUUAAGAAUGGUUCAGUUUCUAAUCUUUUCAGAUAUUGCGUCAGCGGUCGAAACAAAUAUUUCUGUUCCCUUUAUAAAUAAGGAGAAUAAUAAAAUAAUUUCGCUACUGCCCGAUAUAUACUGGAUUUAAGCGCAAUGGCUGCAACUAAAACGAUUCAAAGUCUGUCCGUUAAUUUUUAAUAAAUUAUUCUAUGUUGCUUUAGAAAAUUUACGUGUGCAAAAUAAACAAAAAUUUGUCGCAAACUAUUGCGCUUAAUUUAAGGUUAUUUUUAAUAAUCAACGAUGCGCAAGGCAAAUAAAAAAAGAGGUAAUAAUUAAUUGUAUUUAACUGCAACUAUGUAUUGAUAAUCAAUAGUAGCACCUCUAUUAUAAAACUGAUUUGCAUUGGAUGCAAGCAUUUAUUUUGAACUGCUCCUAAAUUCGUAUUUCAAUAUCAGUAUUUAUAAAAGUUGUUUCUUAGGCGAAUUUUAAUUUUAAGAAUCAUGUCCUACGUAUUUUCAGUAUUUCUUAUUUAAAUUUCGUUAAAAAGGAAAAUACAAUAUUCGAUUGUAACAAUAUUCGUAAUUGCAAUGUUUCGUGUAUCGUAAUCGAAAUUCAAAUUUUCGCGCGAAUUUAUUAGCCGUUUUAAAACUCCUGCGUUCGAUAGUAUCGUUCGAUUACUAUCAUUCGAUCACUUGACAGAUGUCCGCCAACUUCAGUCGAGAGAAAAAGGCGGCACUUGAAUGUAUGGAAUACUUUUCUUGACGUAAAAAUAAUUAACGAUUGAAUCAUAUUGUCACAUUAUUUGCUCUUUUAUACAUGUUUCUAUUUUACAAAACUACUGUCAAUCUUUUUAAGGUACGCCCAUUUUACAUUUUACGAAGCAACGACGUUGUUUAAUCGUAGUUCGUGGUAUUUCGUUGAAAAUCAUUUCGGAGUAAUUACACGUAUUGUAUGCAUUUAUUGUAUUUGAAAGACAAGCGGUCAUAAACGAAGCAUUUGUCAGUAAUUUUUUUCCAAAUGUUGUAUACGAGAUUUUCUGACGGAUAACGCGCACACUAUGGACAACGAUGUGAAUUUAUCACGAACAUUGUGGGGAAUAUUAUAACAUCAGGAGUAAAUAAAUUUUUAUUCACUUUUAAGGCCUCUGUCUUUUUCCCGCGUGAACGCAUACGAGAAGAAUCGGCAAACAGGUUAAUAACAUACUGUAUUUCACUAAACCUAAAAGGCUCAUUGUUUUCCAUUUUUUUAGUACGCCAUAAAAUGUUUUAUAAUAUGUAAGAAAUAGAAAAACACAAUAUAAAAGA